CUUUCAGGAAAACCUCUCGAUUACACGAGGUUUUAUCAUGCUGGGGGAGCGAUUCUACAUACCUACGGAACUUCGCAAGGAGGCAUUGGAAGCAAUCCACGGAGCUCAUCAAGGAAUCGAAAAUGUCGCGCCAGAGCUAGAUGCAGCGUCUGGUGGCCGAGGAUAUCUGCAGAACUACAACAACUAGUGGACAGCUGCAACACGUGUAUCCAAAACAGACCAGGAAGGUCAGAGCCUUUAAAACCUUCAAAUUUUCCGGACAGACCGUGGCAAAUAAUAGCCAUGGAUCUAUUCAAGCAAGGAACACAAUGGUACCUCCUUGUGGCAGACUUUUACUCUCGGUACCCGGAAGUAUACCCAUUGCCAAAUUUACGAUCAUCGACGAUAAUCAAUAAAUUAAAAGAGAUUUUCGCUCAUCAUGGAAUACCAGAAGUCAUCCGGUCAGAUAAUGGAACGCAAUUUGACCCACUCAAGACCACAGAAUUCCAGAUUUUCAAGAAAACCUACGGGUUCGAACAUAGAACGUCGUCGCCGCAUUUUCCCCAGAGCAACGGCUUCAUAGAGGCAAUGGUGAGGACGGUGAAAAACGGCUUGGAGAAAACCAAGGAGCUUGACAAAUGGCUGAUGGAGUACCGGGCAACCCCGUUAAAGUGCGGUUUUUCUCCAAGCGAGUUGGCCAUGGGACGCCGAAUUAGAUCCUUUCUCCCCAUGACCCCCUCCCUUUUAACGCCAAAGACUGUCGAUCGCGAAACACUCCUAUCCAGGGAAAAAGAGAGAAUUCGGCGCCAGAAAGAAGAUUACGAUAGGCGCCAUCAUAGAACGGAGAGGGACGACCUGGAGGAGGGAGACAAGGUGUGGAUCCGGGAUGCACGUCGCUGGGGCGUGGUAGAGAAGCGCGCGGACCAACCAAGAUCCUUUUGGGUGCAGACCGAAAUGGGAAGGCUCCGUCGAAACCGGAGUCACUUGCAUCGCUUGGACGCACCCCUGGGUUAUUUCGAGACGAUAAACAAUACACCAGUCGCAGAGGAAUGGUACACUCCGCCGCAGUCCCCGAUAAGACCAAAUUCACCUUCGGCCGAUGGAGGACAGAGAGGUCGGAUGCCACCAGCCCUAGAGGAGAAGACUAAGGACACGCCAGAGGCAGGAGAGACUCCGGGAACCUCGCAUACAAGGGAGCGGCCCAAACGAGUUAGGAAGGAAGUCAGUCGUUUAAACUACGACAGACUGGGAGGCGGACGAAAAUCACCUCCGGGAGCUAAACCAAAAAGGGGAGAUGUUGCAUAG